AUGGCAGACAUACCAAGCAUCCAAAUUGAGGAUGGAACUGUAUUCAGAACUGUUCCAACCGAUUUGACACAUUCCAUGAAUGUUAAGUCACAGCCACCCGCACCUUGGACCGACGAAUCGCUACCUGAUAUUGAACCUAUCUCAAGAAAUGAAAAGAAUAUUGUCCAAGCGAUUGAGACACGACUCAGAGACUAUGCUGUUCAUCAUCCCGGUGACACGACAAAGAAAUUCUGGCCUCGAGCCCUUUUCGAUCACCUUUUGGACAGGACAACUAUUGAGCUUAUUGUGGAGGCUCUUCUGGAUAGAAGUAAACUUGCGAUAGCGAAAGGGACUUCGGUUGAGGAUGCAAAAAGACAUUGGAUUAACCGAAUAUGGGGUUGUAGACCGGAAGAGAAAGGUUCUCGUCGCUUGCUUGCUCUGCUAAUCUUAGUUGGGAAGGAAGACUCUGUUCAAAGUUUCCUGGAUUUGGACUUUGAUGAUGAUAGUAUCCCUUUGAAUGAGAGCAAGUAUGAUUUCGGCAGUUGGAGAAAAGUCGAACUUGAUGGACUUGAGUCGUACCAGAGAGGGAUGAAAGUUCCAUUUCUUUCUACGUCAACAAUCGUUGGUAAGGUAUUUCGGGUUACCUUGGAAGAGAACGACAUUGAACCAUGGUAUCGAACCUCCGACCUCCUCCAGCGGUCUUCGUUGUCCCAGAACGCCGGAUCAAUAUCAUCCACCGCCAUGCAGCUACAAGCAAUGACACUUGGAGCUGGUGGCUAUGGAGAGGUCUACAAGAUCUUCAUGCACCCAUGGCAGCACAAUUUUCAAGAGGUACUGAGAUCUCUCUCCGCCCAUCAAAACCAUUUUGCUCUCAAACGUCUCUAUACAACAAACAAGAGUACCUUCGAAAGGGAGACGGAUAUGCUGCAGAGAUUCAGUGGUCACCCAAACAUAGUCACCCUACUAGCAGCUAUCACUUGCAAAAAGAUACUCGGCAGGGAAGAAUAUCAUCUCCUUUUCCCUUGGGCCGAGGGAGACUUGUUAGCCUAUUGGAAAGAAGAAGCGAAACCAAGAAGGACCCAUGAAAACACCAAGUGGAUCUCUGCGCAGGUCUGUGCAAUCGUGGAGGCGGUACGCUUUAUUCACGAGCCCGGUCCAACCAUGCGGACCGAUGAUGGCAAGAACCUAUACGGAAGACAUGGAGAUAUCAAGCCAGAGAAUGUGCUAUUGUUCAAGCCUAAUGGCGUGAAAGUUCUGGUAAUCUCAGACUUGGGGUUAUCUGCUGUUCACCGAGAAGAAAGCAGAUCGAAUGUUCCUGGCUUUGACAUCCCACGGACACCCAACUAUCGGCCACCAGAGUGCGAUAUGGCUGGUCGAGAUGGUCAUAUCUCCCGCUCGUUUGAUAUCUGGACUCUUGGUUGUCUGUUCUUGGAAUUUGUGGUAUGGUCUCUGGACGGCUGGGGAGGGAGACAGGAAUUCCGGAACGACCGCUGUUCGCCAUAUAUCAAUAGCUAUAGGACCGAUAUCUUUUUUGAUAUCAUGGUUGUGUCCGGAGAAACGAGCAAAUAUGCGUUCAAGAUCAAACACCAAGUCGAGCAACAUAUAAAGUAUCUUCACGGACAUCCAGACUGUACUCAGUACUUACAUGAUAUCUUGAACAUUAUCCAAACUCGCAUGCUGAUCGUUGAGUCCGAUGAGCCCCGCAUCAAAAGAAUAAGAGCACCGGAACUUCUCCAAGAGAUGAAAGCACUCCAGGAACGAUGCAGAGAUAGAGCAUACUGCUUAACGAAAUGCCCCCAGGAAAGUACACACACGCCACAUCUUCCAGUCCUGGCUGCUCUCAACAGGAUGGCAUUGGAGUUGAUUGACGAUAAUCGUAUGGAUAUCUGCUUGGAGAAAUACAGCGGCAAAACUCGGUCUGCUAAUCUACGAGCGCGGUCACCUUGA